UCGAAAAUGCUCGUGUUGGCUGAGAGUAUAUACAUUAAGCUUUUGCAAGAUCAAUAGCUCAAUCCUUCCCGUCCGCCAUGGGUCGAUUGAAGCAAAAAGGAAAGGCUGGUGCAGCAAAGGCCUACGUUACACGGUCGUCUGCCGUGAAAAAACUUCAGUGCUCUCUGGCUGACUUCCGCCGAUUAUGUAUCCUCAAAGGAAUAUUCCCUCGUGAGCCCAGACAUAAGAAACGGGCCAAUAAGGGAUCAACAGCACCAACGUCGUUUUACUAUGCGAAAGAUAUCGCAUACCUCGCUCAUGAGCCAGUUCUCAAUAAGCUGAGGGAGCACAAGGCUUUCGCGAAAAAAAUAUCUCGGGCCCUUGGACGGGGAGAGUGGUCAACUGCGAAGAACUUGGAGGAUAAUAAACCCGUAUACCGAUUAGAUCACAUUAUCAAAGAGAGGUACCCAUCAUUUAUCGACGCGGUACGAGACAUCGAUGAUGCAAUGUGCAUGGUCUUCCUUUUCGCAUCUCUCCCUUCGAAUCCUCGGGUUUCGUCUGCUCUCAUCGAAAAUUGUGCCCGUUUGGCUGCAGAGUGGCAACUAUAUGUCAUGCACACCCGGUCACUGCGAAAGGUUUUCUUGUCUAUUAAGGGUGUAUACUACCAAGCUGAAGUUAUGGAUCAAAAUGUAACCUGGCUCGUGCCAUAUCAGUUCCCUCAGAACAUACCGUCCGAUGUGGAUGUCCGUGUUAUGCUCACCUUCCUCGAACUGUACCAGACGCUACUUGGCUUUGUGUUUUUCAAAUUAUACACAGACGCUGGACUCGUAUAUCCACCACCCUUGGACUCUGGUAAGGACGAAUCUGGAGCGGGUGUUGGAGCGUUUAAUCUUCGAUCAGCGAAACCUAGCCCAGCUGCUGGAGCACCAAAGAGCGAUGCUCCCAAGGUAUCUAGCAAGGAAGUCCGGCAGACAAUCAAAAAUAUCACUGCAGAAUCAUCAUCGGUGCCUCCUGCUGAUGUAGAUAUUGAUCGCACCGAUUCGUUCCCUGAUGCCGCUGAGGAGGAAUUUGUACCACAAACUUCAAAAUCUGAUCUUGAUGCACCGUCGUCGCUCCCUACACUUCUCUCACUCUCAUCCUUACCAAAACCAUCGUCGACAAACAUAUUUGCUCCAUAUACGUUUUGGCUAUCACGCGAAUCAUCACGAUCAAUAUUCGAGUUCCUUAUCCGGUCUUUUGGCGGUCGUAUAGGCUGGCCAGUCUCGUCAGGAGGUGGCUCGCCCUUUACGGAGGAUGACGAGGCAAUCACCCACGUCAUUAUUGACAGGCCCGUUGCUAAGGGCGACACAGCUCAGGAACAAGAACGUCGGAGACGAAGGAAGCAUGUUCAGCCUCAGUGGGUCGUUGAUUGCAUCAAUGCUGGAAAAAUCCUACUCGAGGAUUUGUAUGUCCAAGGAAAGGCACUUCCGCCCCACUUAUCGCCAUUCGGCGAGCGAGAUGGAGCGUAUGAUCCAACCAUUGGCCUGGCGAACGUCGGAAACUCUUUGGUUGACGACGCUGAACUCAACGAGGACAGUGAGGUAGAAGAUGUGGAGAUGGCAGAAUUAGAUGAAGGCGUGACUUCAAUGGCUGCCUUGGCAGUGGCUGCUGCAGAUGACCCAGAGGCCUUGCGUGCUGCGGAGCUCGCAGCAGAAGCAGCAGGUGUCGACUAUGGCACAUUCGAGAAGGAGGUACAGAAGAAACAGCAGAAGCAGAAGCAAGAUGCUGUUGUCGAUGGCGGGGGUGAGGAAGACAUGAACAAGAUAUUGAUGAGCAAACGCAAGCGCCAGUUGUACGAAAGGAUGAAGUACGGGGAGAGAAAACGAGCUACCGAGCACGCAAAACUCGAAGAAAAGAGGACAAAGAUUGAAAAGGACAGGCGACGAAAGGCCAGGACAACAUGAAAUGUCUUGGAGUCUCCCCUGUAGCAUGGUGUUCGUAGAAGUUGCGACUGCGACUGCGCUGGCACAAUGUAAACCAUUACUUGUCCUAGCAUUUGUGCACUGGGAAUGUGGUAUAUCGAAUCCCACAAACGAUUAGCAUUAGUUCAUUUUGAAUGAACUCUGAAAUGAUUGGUGAAGCAAUGAAAGUCCGUAAAGAGUUGUUAGCC